UGACAAAUUAUCACGCACUCUCAAAAUCCUUACACACUUACCAAACUUGGAUCUUACUUACUAUACCAUUUUUAUAAACUCAUAUAGAGGGAACGAAAGAGUUUAUAAAAGAAAACCCAAAACCAAACAUAAAAAAUAAAGAAAGUGUGAGGAAAUGGAUUUGAAUGGGUUGAUAAAAGUGGUGGACGAGGUUGAUGAGUUAGAAAGUGAUGUUUCAUUUGUUCGUAUAUUAUGGGUUACUCAUUCAGGACAACACAGAUGUCGUGCAAUUCCUAGAAAAAGGUUCUACGACGUUGUUGCGAAGAAUGGUGUUGGUUUAGCAUUUGUGAGUAUGGUGAUGACUUCUUUUUUAGAUAGACCUCCAUCUGGGUGUAGUGUAGGUCUUGUUGGUGAAGCAAGAGUAACACCUGAUUUAUCUACUAUAAGGACAAUUCCUUGGAGCAAACAAGAUGAAAUGGUUUUGGGUGAUCUAAAUGUUAAACCUGGUCAAGCAUGGGAACAUUGCCCAAGAGACGCCUUAAGAAGAGUUUCCAAAAUUCUCAAAGAUGAAUUUGACUUGGUAGUGAAUGCAGGUUUUGAGAAUGAGUUUUUUCUUUUGAAGAGCAUAACAAGGGAAGAAGAAGAAGAAUGGAUACCAUUUGAUUCGAGUCCUUACGGUUGCUCCUCAGCAUUUGAUGUUGCCUCCCCAAUACUUCGUGAAAUUGCGUCUGCGUUGCAUUCCAUAGGCAUUCCAGUAGAACAGUUACAUACAGAAACUGGAAAAGGCCAAUUCGAAGUGGUUUUGGGACACACUGUUUGCACUAAAGCUACAGAUAACUUAGUUUACACACGUGAAACUGUUAGGGCGAUUGCAAGAAAACAUGGCUUGCUCGCAACUUUUCUUCCAAAGUACAUUUUAGAUGAAGUGGGUUCCGGAUGCCAUGUUCAUCUAAGUUUAUGGCAGAAUGGCCAAAAUGUAUUUAUGGCAUCUGACGAAUCAUCAAAAUAUGGAAUAUCAACUUUGGGAGAAGAAUUCAUGGCCGGAGUUCUUCAUCAUCUUUCUUCUAUCUUGUCAUUUGUUGCACCACUUCCGAUCAGUUAUGAAAGGUUACAACCGACUACAUGGGGGUCGUACUUAUUAUGGGGAAAUGAAAAUAGGAGUGCACCAUUGCGAGCUUCAUCUCCGCCCGGAACUCCCAAUGGUUUAGUGAGUAAUUUUGAGUUUAAACCAUUUGAUGGUGUUGCAAAUCCAUACUUAGGCUUAUCUGCUAUAAUUGCUGCUGGCAUUGAUGGUCUUCGACGGCAUCUUUCUCUUCCUGAACCUGUUGAUACAUGUCCAAAUCUAAAAAACCUUCAAAGAUUGCCAAAAUCACUCUCGGAAUCUUUGGAAGCUCUUGAUAAGGCGGACUUCCUUGUGGAGUUUUUUGGUGAUAAGUUAUUGACUGCCAUUAAAGAAAUUCAAAAGGCUGAAAUUGAUCAAUACUCAGAGAACAAGGAUGCAUAUAAACAACUUAUACACCGUUAUUGAUUUUGAAGAAUUAACUUGUGAUUUUGAAGUUGUUUUAAUAGCAUUUUUAUGCAAAUGUGUUGUGAAAAAACAGAGGAAAAAUGAGAACACAUAUAGCAUUGAACUUUUGUGACAAUUUUUAAAAGACAUAUAAUCGGUGACUAAAACAUUUAU